AUGGGACAGACAUCUCUUCAGUGGCUGCUCUCCUCUCUGACUGUGAGUCCCAGCAGCUCUCAGAUGUUUGAAGGAGAGUUUGUCUCUCUGAGCUGUGAGGAGGACGACAGCUCUGCUGGAUGGAAGCUGAGGAGGAACACAACCAGAGACACCAGGAAGGAGUGUGAUGACUGGGGAGAAUUAACCGAUUCCUCCUGUAUCAUCAUUGAGAUUGUUGCACUGGACAGUGGAGUUUACUGGUGUGAGUCCAGAGAGGGAGCAACCAGUAACAGCAUCAACAUCACUGUCACUGGUGGAUCAGUGAUCCUGCAGAGUCCUGUCCUGCCUGUGAUGGAGGGAGAUGAUGUCACUCUGCACUGUAAAACAAAGACCUCCAACCUCCCAGCUGAUUUCUAUAAAGAUGGUUCCCUCAUCAGGACUGAGCCUGCAGGUAACAUGACCAUCCACCAUGUUUCCAAGUCUGAUGAAGGCCUCUACAAGUGUAACAUCAGCAGUCAUGGAGAGUCUCCAUCCAGCUGGAUCUCUGUCACAGGUGAGGAAGUUACCUUUGAUUUCACCACUUAUUUCAUCCACAUGUUCACCUGA